AUGUUAAACCUCUUAACUUUCCCUGUUGCCAUAGGCCUUUAUGGGUACUGUUAUUCAAGACAUGCAGUGUUUCCUAAUAUCUAUACAUCAAUGGAAAAAAGAAGUCAAUUUCCUAUGGUACUCUUAGCCAGCUUUGGGAGCUGUGUUAUUCUUUAUGCUGCAGUGACUAUAAUGGGAUACAUGAUGUUUGGUGAAUCAACAGAAUCACAAUAUACCCUAAACCUCCCCACAAAUUUGAUUGCCUCUAAAGUUGUUGUCUGGACUACGGUGGUCAACCCAUUUACCAAAUAUGUGUUGACCAUAUCUCCUAUAGCUAUGAGUCUUGAGGAGUUGAUACCAUCAAACCAUAUGAAGUCUCAUGUCUACUCCAUCCUCAUUAGAACAUCAUUAGUCUUCUCUAUUGUGCUUGUAGCCCUCUCCAUCCCCUUCUUUGAUUGGUCAGUUUACACCCAAGACAAAACAAAGUACACUCCACGACCUCGGGAAGAUAUAUGGUCAGCAACCACAAGACAAAACAAUUCUAACUCUGGUGGGCCCUUCGACAUCCCUAAUAGCCCACCUGUAAAACAUUCUUCUAUGACAUUGAGAAAUCUGAUAUUAUCACCAAUGAAAAAGCUUCAACUCUCUCGUACCCAACCUCAAUUGUUUACGUUGUAG